CGCCGAGAUGAUGUUGUACCUCUCGCUCCUCGCCUCCUGCCUCUUCUGUGGAGGGCUCGCAGCUUCACACGAACUAGGGGACACGGGGGAGCCUUGCGAGCCGGGCAUCGCCGACACCUGUUUCAGCUCCGUCUCCAAAGACAUCCGGAUGAUGUUGGACCUGAGGCAGAAGACCACCCUGGCCGUCAACGUCACCAAGGAUGCGGUCCUAGAGCUCUGCCUAGCCCUAGAGGACGCCCUCAACUGCACCUCGGACAUCAUAGACGACGGUUGCAGCGACAGCGAAGGCAGAGACUCCUUCGACGCCUGGGUGCGCGCGCUCAGGGCCAGCCUGCGCUACGUCUGCGCAGGCGCAGGACAGAACAAGGCCCCCAUCAGAGAUAUACUGCUGGGAAUAUCUUGUUGGGAUUUGGAAGAUUUUAUCUUCUGCACCGAAAAUGAGGGGAACCUGACGCACAUCAGAGACUUGUUGCACACUAAACUGGGCGACGAAGAAUGUGGAAUUCUCCAGUCCGUCACUUCCCGCUGCUUCCGGGCCGCUUCCCGGGCGUCGUGCAGGGAACAGGAGAACGUGCCCCGGAGGGCGCGCAAGAUGCUGGACGUCUUUCUGGAGGAGUCCGGCUGUGCACGACCCGCCGGCCACGAACUGGAACCCGGAUCUGCAGCCGCCGCGCUCCCGACAUUGAUCCCCGCAGCACUCAGCUUUUUGUUGCUGGCCCUCUUCACUUCACAACACCAAUAAAAACGCUUUCAUUUUCUAA